AUGAUUGGUCUGUCGUUUCCCCUUAUAGCCUUUGCGACCAUCGACUGGCAAGAUUUAGCGAGCUGCGCCUCAACCUUUCAGCGGGAGGCUUCUAGAGACGCCGCUGUUCAGCAGAGCCCUUCCUUGCAACCCGAGGAUGACUUUGAUUUCCUGGAGUUUCGCGAUGCUGUGGAUAACUUCUUAUCUGAUCCAUCCCCUCCGAUGGGUCCUCUAUUGGAUUUUUCUUUCCCUGUGGAUAAUGGAAGCCCCCUCAGCCCCUGCCUUCAGAAACCUAUACCAGUUGAUCCUGUCUCACAACUGAGCAUAAAGAAUGUCUCGUCCACUGAGCAGUACUGGAAAGACUUGGCAGAUCAUAAUCAAAAAGCGCUGGGGGAUGCACUUGUGGAAAAUAAUCAGCUUCAAGAGACACUGACUCAAAAGCAAGAAGAAAUCGCUUCUCUGAAGGAGAGAAAUAUUCAGCUGAAGGAACUAGCCAGCCAAGCCAAACAUCUUGCUUCUGUACUAGAUAAAUUGAUGCUCCCUCAGAGCAAAGACAGCACUGACUUUUCCCUCAGCUGUGGCCCUGGCAAGAGAAGCCUUGAGGAGAUGUCAGCUCCUGAGCAUGAGGAGGACAUGGAAGUGAAUGAAAUUUUAAGGGAAAUAUCAGAAAAAUGCAGUGCAGCCUUGCAGUCCAUUGACGAUGACAGAGGCCCGAAGCGUCCUCGUGGAGAGAAUGAAGCCAUCCACAUGUAUGGAGCUUUUCAUGGGCUGCAGACAUGCAGCAGUCACAGUUCCCUGGACUUAAGUGGCAGUGAAUUUGAGGAAGGGGUGUCCUUCAGGACAUCCAUCACAGAGCACUGUAACAUUCGGACACUGGCCUUUCCGCAAGGCAAUGCAUUUACUGUUAGGACAGCCACUGGGGGCUAUAAGUUUAGAUGGGUCCCCAGCUGA